CUCUCUCGCGCUCUCUCUCCAGUUACAACAGAAGCAGAGUCACUUCAGAAACCGAUCAAGUUCGCCGGGAAAAACCACGCCUCCGCCGUCAGAACCCUCCGAGAUGACCGAGAAGAGCAAAGUCCUGGUGAUCGGAGGCACUGGAUACCUAGGAAAGUUGAUCGUGGAAGCGAGUGCGAAGUUCGGUCACCCCACCUUCGCUCUCGUGAGGGAAUCCGCUCUCUCCAAUCCCGCCAAGGCCAAAAUCGUCGAUGGUUUCAAGAGCUCAGGCGUCAAUCUUGUUCAUGGAGACUUAUACGAUCGAGAGCAUCUAUUGAAUGCGAUUAAGCAGGUUGAUGUGGUAAUCUCUGCUGUUGGGACAGAACAACUAGAGGACCAAGACAAGAUUGUCGCCGCCAUUAAAGCAGCCGGGAAUAUCAAGAGAUUCUUGCCUUCAGAGUUUGGAGGUGAUGUGGAUCGUGUCCAUGUUGUGGAGCCAGCAAAAGCUUUACUUGCCAUCAAGGCUAAGAUCCGUCGCCUUGUUGAGGCCGAGGGAAUCCCUUAUACCUAUGUGUGUUCUAACUGUUUUGCGAGUUACUUCCUUCCAACAUUGUCACAGCCGGGGGCUACAGCUCCCCCUAGAGAUAAAGUUGUCAUCUUAGGGGAUGGAAAUGCAAAAGCGGUGUUUAACAAGGAGGAUGCUAUUGGCGCCUAUACCAUCAAAACUGUGGAUGAUCCAAGGACCUUGAACAAAAUUUUGUACAUCAGACCUCCUGCCAACACCUACUCUUUUAAUGAUCUCGUGUCUUUGUGGGAGAGAAAGAUCGGCAAGGCCCUGGAGAGGGUGUAUGUUCCAGAAGAGCAGGUUCUGAAGAACAUUCAAGAGGCGGCGGCUCCACUCGAUGCAAUGUUGGCCAUUUUCCAUUCUGUUUUCGUGAAGGGGGACCAAACCAACUUCGAGAUUGAGCCAUCCUUUGGAGUGGAAGCUUCGGAGCUCUAUCCCGAUGUCAAAUACACGACCGUGGAUGAGUACCUUGAUCAGUUUGUCUGAUUGUCGAAACCAAUUGUGCUUGGUAAUUUCUCACACCAGCUGGGAUCAUAAAUAAUAUUAGGAUGCUGCUUCUCAGGAUCCUAGGGUGAAAUGUCGCUGCCCCUGAUCAUCUCAUGGCAUUUACAGCCUCUCUGAAUAUGAGAACAUACAAUCACUAUUUAAUACGUGCGCUUCUAUGCGGUGCUUGGAGAAGUUACUUCUGUUUUGGAGUUG